CCAAGGUGGGUUGGGCUGAGGUGGGCAGCUACGUAAUUUGUCGGGGCUGAGGCAUGGAUUCGUCCCCGGCUGGGCCGACACCUGGGGAAGGAGGCUUCCCAACCCUCGAACUGCAUUCAUAAUUCUCGACCUGAAUGUGUUUGCUAAGCGCAGUGAGCCCCUCCCCUCGCCUUGUCUCAGUCCAUUCUACAGCGCUAGCUGGUACCCCAAAUUUGCACCCCUGCCAUCCAGACUGCCGGAGACGAGCAAAAGUAUCAGCGUGAUCCUCACAAGCAAAUGAUUUUCCAUCCUAGCAAGGUCCGCCUGACAACUCCCACCGCCACCCCACCUCGAGUAAACAACAACCUGCACACGUUGCGGCAAAUCGCUAGCCAGCCCACGGCCAGACCUUGAUUCCGUCACUUCGAACACCCGGUUUAUAGGAGAGGGCCAGCCGCCGACCAGCACCACGCAGCACCCGACAGCCGAGGCAGCGCACACGGACAGCGGCAAAAUGGUGGUCGAUACCAGCUACUACGACCAGCUGGGCGUCAAGCCCACGGCGACAGAGCUGGAGAUCAAGAAGGCCUACAGGAAAUUGGCCAUCAUCCACCACCCCGACAAGAACCCCAACGACCCGACCGCCCACGAGAAGUUCCAGGCCAUCGGCGAGGCCUACCAGGUCCUUUCCGAUGAGGACCUGCGAAAAGCCUACGACAAGUACGGCAAGGACCACGCGAAGCCGUCCGAAGGGUUUGCCGACCCGGCCGAAUUUUUCACCAGCAUCUUUGGCGGCGAUGCCUUCAUCGACUGGAUCGGCGAGAUCAGCCUUAUGAAGGACCUGACUGCCACCAUGGACAUUACACUAUCUGCCGAGGAGGAGGCCGCAGCCGCGGAGGCCGAGGCAGCCGCGGCGGCUGGGGGCGCUGACGCGAAGAAGGACGACACCGCAGAAAAGCCGGCUGCGGCUGGUACUCCGACUGCUGGCUCUACCCCGGCCCCUGCCGCCACCACCGCCGAUCACUCCGCUGGCGCUCCCGCUCCCGCUCCCCCGCCGCCAUCAGUCGUCGUCGAGGAUGAGAAGCAGGCUCCUGUGCCCGGCAAGCCAGAGCCCGCCAGCGCCCCUGGCCUGGCACCCUCCCCCGGCCAGACCCGGACGUCAUCCCCCGUCCCUACCCCGUCGGGGCGAUCAACCCCCAGCAGGCACGCCAUCCCUCUGCGACCGGCACUCAUGGACCGGCCAUCCGACGACACAGCAGCAGCAAGCGGGGCCGAGGACGACAGGUUGGGCGGGAGCGGCGGCAAGAAGGGCAAGGGGACGCUCAGCAAGGAGCAGCGGGAACAACUGGCGGCGCUCGAGAAGGAGCGGGCGCGGGUGCGUCAGGAGCGCGUCGACACGUUGGCGCGAAAACUCGUGGACCGCAUCAGCGUGUGGACCGAGACGGACAAGGACCCCUCCAUCACGGCGGCGUUCCGCGAGAAGACGCGGCUCGAGGUCGAGAACAUGAAGAUGGAGUCGUUUGGGCUCGACAUCCUGCACGCCAUCGGGCAGACGUACGUGGCCAAGGCGACGGCGCUGCUGCGGAGCCAAAAGUUCUUUGGCAUCUCGGGCUUCUUCUCGCGCGUCAAGGACAAGGGCACGCUGGUCAAGGACACGUGGAACACCAUCUCGUCGGCCAUCGACGCCCAGCAGACCAUGGAGGAGAUGGCGCGCAUGGAGGAGAAGGGCGGCGAGGAGUGGACGGACGAGCGCAAGAUGGAGUACGAGCGUCGGGUCACUGGCAAGAUCCUGACGGCGGCUUGGCGCGGGUCCAAGUUUGAGAUCCAGUCGGUGCUGCGCGAGGUCUGCGAUGCGGUGCUUAAUGACAAGAAGGUACCACUGAGCAAGAGGCUGGAGCGGGCUCAGGCGCUGGUUUACAUUGGCGAGAUCUGCGCGAGUGCCUCACGCACACCCGAGGAGGAGGGCGACUACAUGGCGUUUGAGCAGCUGGUUGCCGAGGCCGCCAUCAAGAAGGAGAAGGACAACAAGAAGAAGGGCAAGGGCGGCAAGGAAGACGCGGCCGCGGCUGCUGCUGACGUUCCCAACGUGCCCAAGCAGUAGUGUGAUCUUGCCCCAAAGCAGCCCAAAUAUCAUUAUCCACCGCCUUCUUUAUAGUCAGAGGUCCUGGGGGAAGAUGCCAGAGCCGAUAUUUCUCUAUUCACCAGUUCUCGUGCCUGAUGGUUGGCAACGUGCCGUCGACCGGGCCCGAGGCUUUUGUUUUUCUUUCGAGAUGGAUAUGCUGUUUCUGUUUCCCUCUGUUCUAGCCCUCCAUCUGCAUUUUCUCGAAUAUUCCCCUCCCAAUACCAAUACCUCCUCGUCCAUAGAUGCAAAGACUCGAUUGAUAUACCCA